CAGUGUGUCCGGGUAGGUCUAAGUGGUGAGGAGUGGGACAUUGUCGUGCACCUGACGCCACGAUGGAUGACGAUCCGAUGUAUGGGUUGCUGGUUGGGUUCUCUCUUUGGGGGACCCUCUGGCGCCUCCUCUUUCCUCUGGGGUUCUGGCACACCUUCACGUGUAGAGUAGAUACCCGGGGUGGUGCCUCCACCAAGCCAUACACGAAGGAGGAGGAGGUGAAGAUGACCGCCAUUCUGCAGGAGAGGAAGGAGAAGAAGGAGGCCAAGAAGAAGGCCUUGAAGGAGGAACAGGCGACCAAAUUAAAGAAGAUAGAAGAAGAGAUGGCCAGAGAGAAGGAGAGGAUACAGAAAGAAGAGGAAGAAAAGUUGAAAGAGGUGGAAGAGGAGGAAGAAGAUGAAACGCAACUGCAGAGGAAGAAGGGCCAGUACAGUGGAUGUAGGGAUGAGGAGAUGGAGAAGCGGAUUUCAGAGUGGGUCGCCAACUUAUCCCUGGGCGAAGAAGAGGAGGUGGUGAUGUAUAUCCCUAAGGACGAUCAGGAAGCCGCUAUGAGAGCUUGGGAAGCAGAAAAGGAUGUUGUGAAGCGGCUGGCAUUGGAAGACGAAAAGAGGAUGGAGUGGAAGUUGGCAGUGAUGAGGGAGAAGAAGAGGAGAGUGGACGCGGCAGCGGAGGCGGCAGAAGAGUUAGAAGAGGUAAAAAAUAUAGAAGAGCAACUAGCCGCCCAGGCUGAACUCCCAACCCAAAUGCGAGUCAUCGCUCGAAAUGUUGCACGCCUGGCACGAAUUCAGGCAGAGCAAUACGACUUUAGUAGGAGCCAGCACAUAGCUGUGCGUUCGAUACGGUUGGGAUUCCGGGACUUUGCUCGCGAGCUGGUAGGCACUGUAGGAACUGAGGUAGGCCAUCGCCUCGACAAGACUGAGCGGUUCUGCGCUGGCGCCAUUGAGGGCCUCAAGGCGGCAGCCCCCAAGGAGGAGGAAGCACGUCCCCCUCGUCGGGAACCGAUCAAGGUCAAAUUCCCUGAUUCCUACAGUGGGAAAAGGGAAGAGAACUUUGACAACUGGGAAGCCAACGUUAAGACCUAUGUGCACUUGCAAUAGGUCUCCCUCGAUCAGCAGGUUCUAAUUGCGAUUCACGCGUUGAGAGAUGAGGCCGCCAGUUUUGCAAGAUCCCUAGUUCGCG